CCCAGUGCCACAGUUCUGUGCACAUUCAGUUGUAAUCAUGAGCCUUUCUUUUCACAGGAUCUGUUGCUCGACUUGUAUGUGGCUGUCAUUUGCAGCUUUUCUGGCUUUACAAAUCUACUGCAGUCAUGCUGUGGACAGGGCCACUCCGUCCAGACUUUUAAUCGCCAGGCUGGAUGCAGCAAAUGGGACAGCACGCCUGAACUCCAUGCCACACAACAGCACUCUGAAACCUCAGGCUGCCAAACUGGAAACUGUCGUCAUAGUGCAACAAUCUCCACCAAAAGAGAAGGCGGUGGAAGGGGAGACUGUCCUGUUUCUAUGUCUCUUUAACCACAGUGGGCAAAAUAAUGUCUCUGUAUCAUGGUACAACCAGAAAGGGCAGGAGAAAGUGAUGGUCCUGGUGGAGAAUGAAACUAAACAAGAGGACUACUUGGGUCGAGCUUUCCUGAGAGCAGACUGGCACCUAGGGAAUGCCUCCAUGACCCUUCUCAAUGUCACCACAUCUGACUUUGGCAUUUAUAUCUGCUCUCUGAAGCUCCCAGAUGGCAGUACAGUAGAGGGAGAUGGUACAAAGCUGAGUGUGCGUCGCUCAUUAGGACUCUUUGGAAUGGAGGAAUCAAUCGGGACAAUCAUAGGAGUGGUGGCAGCAGCCAUUGGGGUCACUAUUGGACUGGUGACCAUCAUUGUACCUCAGUGCCGAGAGAAGCUACCCUGUUUGAGAAAGUGAGACCUAAACAUCGGUUUGGCCACAUCCUAGGAUACUCCAAGCAGAUCUAGGAAUAUUGGAUAUUGAAAGAAGUGGGCCAUACUGGCUUUAAACUGUGACACAGGUCCAUUUCUACACAGAGGACAACAUCAGAAGAAGAAUCUGCUUUAUACAAUGUUGGGACUCAUUUUAGGCUUCUUUAUGUCAUUCUCCAAUACAGGAUAUCAAAAUAUGUCGUAUUACAUUUGAGUGUAAUGAGCAUUUCCCAGCACAGCAAGAUGUGAACCCCUCGAUUAGAUUAUAGGAAUGACUGCAUCUUGAUUCAGAUCACAAUAAUAUUUAGCUCCCAUGAGGGGUCACUAAUGUCUGCACUCUUUGCAUUAAACCAUAAUCAUUUCUUCUAAUGCUGACUGUAGGCACAGGGAGGUCAGCCCUUACCCCUCCACGGUGUAUUAGGUUCUAAUAGUGUCUACAUCUUCUUACAUCAGUUACUAGAUGACGAUAAAAUCUGCAUGCCCAAAUCAAAAGACAUUAGAAUAAUCUAGAAGAGAACAGGCCAUUCAGCCCAGCAAAGCUUGCAGUCCUAUCAAGUCUAACUUUGAAGGUACCUAAAGUCCUACUAUCUAUCACACCACUUGGUAGCUUUUUCCAUAUGUCAAAGGUCUCUGUGUGAAGAGAAACUCCCUAUUGUUUCAGAGAAGUUUACCCCUAAGUUUCCAAUUAUGUUCUUGAUUAAGUAAUUUUAAAGAAACAGCCAUGGUCUGCUGGACUCCCUUCAUAGUUUUAAAUACUUCAAUCAUGUCUCCUCUUAAUUUGCCUUUGCUUAAACGGAAAAGGCUCAG